CGAGCUAUCAGUUGCGGUGAGAACUCGGUACGAUUUGGACGUGCAAUUCGCGUGCUCUCUUGCGGCGUCCAACCGGAUUUGUUGAGGAGCAGUUCCUCUGUAGCAAAACUGUUGACCUACCAUCAUCCCGGACCCCGGGCAUCACUCGUUUCCGGAUCCUGUCCCGCUUUCGUCCCCAAGAUGGCUGGCCACCCCUGGAAUAUUGUAGUAGAUUAUUGGAUUCGGUGCUGCUGCGAGGAGUAAUACAAGAGGAUUGACCUCACCUCCGGAUUUGUUGUUUUUCCCUCCUCGCUCUCUCUGGAAAAGUGGAAAAGCAGAAAGGGGUUGGUGUUUUUUGAGGGUGAAGAAGCUUUAGCAAAGUUAGCAGCAGCUGUUCGAGCGACCAAACAGUCUCGAUUAACUGCUGACUGGAAGUGUUGUGGGUGCAUCAUCUGGAUCCUAGCUUUAAGAAGGAAGCGAGCCCUUUUGUUGGUGUUUCUGGAGGGUGUGGGUGGAGAAGUGUUUGUCGGAGGAAGCUGCAAAAAGAUUCGGAUACAUACUUUGCGGCUGGCUGAUGCUGUUGAUGGAACCCGGCGAUGGGUCUCUCGGAUAUGGUGAUUUCUUGCAUCGCCCACGAUAUGGCAAACAAUGAACACGAUCUUAGAGCCGGACCGGAAGAAAAUCCGCCAAAAACACCCAACCCAGGCUGGGCGGCCCGACGACCUAGCUAGUAGGAUUGGCAACAAAACCCAACAAACAUCAAAAUGGACGGACAGUUUUCCGAAUGGUUCAGCAAAAUGAUGCGCGAAAUAUAUCCGCCAAACAUUAUGCGGUAGAUCUGAAGCAUAACAAAAGGCUUCUUUCUUUAAAAUUUUUGGGAGUCUUGAAAGGAGACAAAAAAAGUGGCAGCCAUAUAAAUACCACCGCUGAAAAAAACGCUACAACAAAAAGCAACUUCAGUCAUAUCAAUCCGUGUCCGCCUGAGAGCCGCCAAAAGUUUACAAUAAAAAAAUAAUAAUAAAUGUAUAAGACAAGGCGUGCCCAUAAAAAGAUCAGAUAACGCAACUGUUUGGGAUAUUAAAAGUCGGGAAAAAAGUGAAAGGAAAAAAAACAACUUGGAGCUCUUUUCCCGCCAGUUGUUAUAAAUUUGAAACGCCUCGACGUUUAGCGCGGCGUCGCGAUCCGUCGACCAGCCAAAAGAUUUUCCACAUGAGCCGCGGAUCGAAGCGAGGCGCCGCCGUCAGCCGAAAAGUGCUGAUUUUCACGAUUCUCUUCGUCAAUGUCAUUGUCCUGCUCGAAUUUCAGCCAUUCCUGUCAUCUGUCGAAGCACGUGCCCUCUCCCAGCUGCCAAUGACUUCAAAAAUAACGACCACAACAAUAACAACACCAUCAUCAUCAUCAGCAACAACAUCAACAAAAAUCAUAAAAACCAAACAAUCCGGCACUACAUCAUCGUCUAAGAUGACCCCGGGGAAUCUGCCUAAAGAACGCGAAACGACGACGACCAGUGCCAAUUCUUCUUCUGGUUCUGGUGAUGGGCUGAGGUCGGAGGAUUAUUUCCCUAUUCUGGUUGUGAUACAAUCCGGCAACACCGGAAGUGAAACUGGUGCUGCGGCAAUCAAAGAAACGCUGAGACAGGAGUUUCAUCAGUUUGUACAAUCGAUUCCGGGCCAGGAGCAAGAUGAAAGCUGCCGAAGGGUGCGAUUUGUGUCCUGGGAAGGAAUGGCCAGCUUCGAACGGUGGCUAUCCGAUCCGCUCAUUUCGACGGUGAUUCUCUACUCGACGACGACGGAAGCAGCUGGAGAUGGGGACGGAGAUGGGCCAGGACAACCCACCGCCAGGCUCGGAUCGUCAGGACCCAUCGGAUACUGUGACAGCUUAUCGACGCACCUGUCUUCGCUCUACGGCAAGACCGUACUCUUUUGGCCCUGUCCCCGGAUGAAGCAAACGGAAAAGUUUGUCCCAUCCUUCGAGACUGUUUCGAUGGCCGUCAGAAGUAUCUCCCAACAAUUUAAUUGGACCGAAGCGAUUCUGUACGCUGCAGAUACCAACUGGGCCCUUCCGCUGGCUUUGGCUUCCAAUCUGAACGUUCCCUAUCGAAUAGUGCUGACGAUUGAUGAUCUCAAGGAGGCACUCGGAGAACGAGACUCUUCAGGCAAAGCCGUAAUCAUCUGCUCCUCGUCGUCCAUCAGCUCUCCACAAACAAUUAACGCAAUCAAUCAACUGAAGAUGGCGCUUCUAGCAAAGCAGAAGGGCAACCGCACAGGGUAUCAUAGGGCCAUCAGGGCUCGGCUAAAAAUUCUGCUCCUAGAUCCGCUGGGGACACUUUUCCGGGAACGGAAUUCCGCCUCCACCCAACGGUUUUAUCGGACUUUGAGCUGGCCUGGAUCCUCCUCCUUCGAUGAGGCAUCAGUUGAGGUCAUCGAGAAUGGGCCCCUCAACUUGCUGCUGCUGACAGUUUUGACCGAAAGCUUUCGGGUUCUGUUGAAUCGAGCUGGCCGGAGCUACGAUUUUGAAUCUAGGACUGCUGCUCCAGGGCAGGUGAAAUCCGGUGAAAGGUUGUUGAAAAUACGAUUUGAUGCGAGAGGGACACUGAAUGAGAGCGACGAGCAAAAGGACACCGCCUGGUGGUCGAUGGAGGAACUGCAGCAGCCCUUGGACCCGGAACCGUCUACGUGGAAACGUGCUUUCGGAAGGCUAAUUAAUUCUACAAACCUCACUUUCGUUGGUUGCGAUUUUAAUUACAUUCUCAACGAGGCGUACAUUUACGAUGAGUUGUGGUCGUCGGCCGAAGACCCGGAACGCUGCCGGGCUUUGCUAGACAGUUAUUGCAGCGCUGAAGAGCCGGCCGUUGACACAGGUCAGCUGUCACCGGAUGUGUCACUCGAUGCUGAUGAAGACCAUCUCAACGAAACGGAAGUAGUAGUGAGUGGUAGUGCGGAUGACGAAGAUCCCGAAGAACGGAAAACGUUGGAAAUCCAACAACUGUGUGCUGCUUUAAGCGACUAUCGUGAACAACUACUGGUGCUAUCGGAGAACCCAAACUCCACAACUAGUGAUAAUAACUCUUACCCCAUCAAUCCUUCCUCGGCCUCUAGUGAAAAUCUAUUAUUUAGUGAACAUUUUCUACUGUACGAGUAUAUACUAGCAAUAACUUCUACUACUGGCAACUACCGAAACCACACUCCGAGCCACCAUUUCAACUUUAUGCUUCUGGCAAUCAAGAACAUCUCAUCAACCCAAGCCUUGUGGCUUCCCUUUCUAAACAUCCACCAUCAACGGCAUCAAAGUACUCAUCCUCAUCACGAAGCCCAACAGAAUAUCUGGGCCAUCUCCCCGAUUCAGCCGGAGUAUCGAAAUUGGCUGGCCCUGGACCAUCAUCGGAGCAGCAUCAUCACGGCCAACAGCAUUCUGCAACAACAGGAACCAGGGGACGGUGAUGAGCUCUCCCGGAAUCCACUGGAACCGUUCUGGAUCUGCGGGCUCGUUUGCUGGGCCAUCAUCGCCAUCGCAGCUUUCGUCAUCGUGUCAAUCAUCUGUGCGAGUGUCGUGUUCAGCAUUGCGGUACGCAACUAUCUGAUAAAAACUCGUCUCUCGAAAGGACCAAACAAGAUCGUGCUCUCGCCGUCGGAUUUUGUAUUUCCGGUUGACAUGAGAAGGGUGGACGAAGGCAUCGAAGCCAUGCUGUGCUGUUGGUUGCAGCAGCUGCAGGAAUUCGGCGGCCCGGAAGUGGAAAAACCGGACCUACUGAAGGGCUCAAUCGGGUCCCUCAAGAACUUGGGUUUGCCGUCAUCGGCAGCAGCAGCCUCGGCAACAACGGCCGCUGCCCCCGCUCUUCCACCGCUGGCCGGCAGUAGCGGCACCACCGCAGUUCCAAUCGGCUCGAAAACGGCGGCAGCAACCGGAUCCGGAAGCGAAACACUUGGAGCCGGCAGCAGCAACCACCACCACAAUCCCUCGGGGGCCAUCGGGGCCCUGGAACUGAAAGCUCGCUACAACGGUGAUUUAGUGCAGCUGAAAGAGAUCCCCUCCGGUUCCGGAUCUUCCCAUGAACUUCGAGCGAAAGCGAUGGAUCUUCUGAUUAUGGCGCACAGUUUACGGCACGAGAAUAUUAAUCCGCUAAUAGGUUGGCUAAACGAACCAACCCGGACGGCUCUGGUCUUCGAGCACUGUUCCCGGGGCUCCCUGCAGGAUGUGCUCAUCAUGGAUGAAAUCAAACUGGACUGGACGUUUCGGUUGAGUCUGCUGACGGAUCUGGUUCGGGGAAUGCGCUAUCUGCACGGGUCCCCGAUUCGGGUGCACGGUUCUCUAUCGUCUCGGAACUGUGUCGUCGAUGCCAGGUGGGUGCUCAAAAUCACCGACUACGGAAUGCUGAGCUUCUACGAGACCCAGGGCAUAACACCGCCACCAAAGAGUGCCAAAGAGCUGCUGUGGACCGCGCCGGAAGUUUUACGCAGCGACCGGAAGGGUGGCUCCAGCAGAGGAGUCGGAACCCAGCCGGCCGACGUUUAUUCGUUCGGCAUCGUCAUGCAGGAGGUCAUCGUCCGGGGAGAACCCUACUGUAUGCUGUCCCUUUCGCCGGAGGAAAUAAUUGCCAAAAUCAAAAAACCACCCCCGCUGAUACGGCCUUCGGUGUCAAAAGGUGCCGCCCCGCCGGAAGCCAUCAACAUCAUGCGCCAGUGCUGGGCCGAGAAUCCCGAAAUGAGACCGGAUUUCGUAACGAUCUGUGAACGUUUCAAGCAAUUAAAUCAUGGCCGGAAGGUGAAUUUCGUAGACACUAUGUUUCAAAUGUUGGAAAAGUACUCCAACAAUCUGGAGGAGCUGAUUCGGGAACGCACCGAACAGCUCGACAUGGAACGCAAAAAGACUGAACAACUGCUUAACCGGAUGCUACCCAGCUCUGUGGCCGAGCGUCUGAAACUUGGGCUGGCCGUGGAGCCGGAGGAAUUCUCGGAAGUGACUAUUUAUUUCAGCGACAUCGUUGGCUUCACGACGAUAGCCGCCCACUGCACCCCGGUCCAGGUUGUGGAUCUGCUGAACGAUUUGUAUACCUGCUUUGAUGCUACGAUAAACGCCUACAAUGUGUACAAGGUGGAAACCAUCGGGGAUGCCUAUAUGGUGGUCGGCGGCUUACCAGUAAGGACACCGGAUCACGCGGAACAGAUUGCCACCAUGGCCCUGGAUCUGUUGCAUCAGAGCAGCAACUUCAAAGUGCGCCAUCUGCCGGGAGUUCCACUGCAGUUGCGAAUAGGACUGCAUACGGGUCCCUGCUGUGCCGGAGUCGUCGGAUUAACGAUGCCCCGAUACUGUCUGUUUGGCGACACAGUCAACACGGCGUCCCGAAUGGAAUCAACAGGAUCAUCAUGGCGCAUCCACAUGUCGCAGCAAACGUGCAACUUGCUGGAGCAGGCCGGGGGCUACGUGAUUGACCCGCGAGGACCUAUCGAGAUCAAGGGCAAAGGUAAAAUGAACACCUACUGGCUGCUAGGGAAGAAAGGGUUCGACAAGGUGCUGCCCACGCCACCACCGAUUGGGGAAUCUCACGGUUUGGACUUAGCGAUCAUCCGCAAGUCGUUGUGCCAAUCGGAACAGAAUAACGUUCAGGGCAAUCCGAAAGCAUCGAGCAGCCACAACGGAUCAACGGCGAACCAUUCAUCGAGCCACUCGCCAUCGGUGACCGGAGAAUCCAUCGACGUCAAGGUAGAAAUCACACCUCCCGUCGGCUCCAACGAUCCUCAUCUGAUCGCAUCCAUCUCGUUCGAUUCCAACUCGAGCAAUGCGAAUACUAGUUAUACUUUGAAUAUGGCGGACUUUCAACCUAAGACUCCUGUCCCCAGUCCUCAUUCGCGUAAAAUGUCGGAGCUCGUUUCGGAGACGGCGUUCUUGAGUGCUAAUUCCAGCUUCAAUAGGUUGAACCCAUCUCCUCCGGGUACUUCUUCAACAAGGCUGUUUAAGAGGAUUGAGGAGCUGAUAGACUUAAGCUCACCGUAUAACUACUACAAGUGUCUGAGCCCCAGCGAAAGCAAUUUGGCCCAAUGCCUUGAGAACCGGUAUCUGGGAGGUUAUCAGUUGAAUCGUAUGGACAGCUCCAGUAAACCCGGAUCGACUAGAUUUCUGAGGCGGCAGUUUAGUCUGGACAAGGACGAUGUUGGUCCUUCGAUAAGUCAGAAAGCUACUCUGGAUACCAUUUCCUCCAUAUCGGUCGAUCGGGAACAGCUAGCUCGCAUGGGAACUCUCUCUUCGAUUCCGUCCAUCAGUUCGGCGACUUCCGUUUCGUUGGGUUCGAAACAGCAGCGGCUCGGCAUGACCAAGCAGCAAUCGGCCAGCGUAGCCCAAGAUCUGGAGAAGAUCGAAGAGAUUCCCAUUUCUCCACAGUCCUUCCUCAUGAACCACAACACGGCCUGUACAAAUAGUACUUCCAGUUUGCAGUCGGAGGCCCCAUUGGAGAGUAUGCUUCCGCGGCCAAGAUCUGCGGCCACCGUUGAACCAGCUCCGUCUUCGACGACUAAUACGCUUCGCAAUGGUAAAGAGCUUUGUCUGAGUAUCGAAGGGCUUGGGUUGAGGUGAGCUCAGUUUCCCAGGGGGACCAGCAGCUUGGAACGGUAAUUGAGAUGGGUUUUCCUCAUUUUUUCAUCAGAAAAAUCGAGUUAGAACCGGAAAAUUAUGCUUUGGUAAUGAUCAAAUGGGUUCAAAGAUAGCCCUUCGAUACUUUUAGUUAACCAAGAAAAAUAACAAACAGCAAAGCUGUUCCAAAAAAUUAUCAUUUUAUCAGAAGAAAAGGAAACAGGCAAAAGCUAAGCACCUCUGGAAAGUUAACUUAAGUAAGAGAAUAUUUAGAAAUCAUAUACCUACAUAUAUCUUCGAUAAUAAGCUGUGAAUUAGAAGGUAAGCGCUAGCGUUGCAUCAAUGGAACCCUUCUUUAGGUCCCUCAGCGAGGCACUGCUGAACUAGUGAUUAGUGAUAUGUAGCUGAUUGAAAUAUUUAGUUUGAACUUUUCAUAUUCUAUGUUAUUAGAUCUUUUAAGACUGUAUACAAAACAUAAAAUGAAAUUAAACCAUCCUUCCUACCCAUUGUUUUUGAACGUAUUCCAUAAGCAAUCUGACAAUCUAUUCGAGAAGAAGAUUUUCGUUGGAAAUUGUAAUACAGGGGAUAGAAUAAUGGUUGCAAUAUUUCAUCGAGAGUUUUUUUUUCUUUCCAAAUACGAUUGAAGAAGAAAACCGAUGGCAAGAAACUUGAUUGGAUGAUUGCAAAUAUUUGCAUGAUUUUAUAUAAUAUUUUAUAUAAUGGAUUUUAAUUAAUUUAAAUGGAUUUAAAUGCAUUCGUGCAUAAGUGAAUGAAUUAAAUGAAUUUAAAUUUGUAUGAUUUCAGUCUAUUUAAUCGAAAUCAAAGCAAUUAUUUGUUAUAUCAAAUGUAUUAAAUUUUUUUUAAUAAUUUUAAAUGAACCACAAUGAAUUUCAAUGAACGAAA